UUUUACAUCACUAUUGUACACGCGAUUUAGGCAGCACAAACGUACAAAAGCGAGUGAUCAAAUUGUGCCAGUGAUACCGCUGCCCGCGGUCGCGAAACGAAUCGAUUGCAGAAGUGCGACAAACAGCGCCACGAAAGGAAAACCGAUGAAAUAUUCUCCCAAAAAAGGAGGAAAAAAUCGCAAGUUGUUGUUACCGUUGCUGCUGAAAAAGAAAGAGAGAGAGAGGGCGCUGCGUGUAUGCCCGUGUGUGUGUGCGUGUGUGGGGGUGAGGAUGUCUCUCUCUAAUGCACAGUGACUGUGUUUUCCUUUUUUCGAUUUUGUUUUUGUGCCCCCCUUGGCAAACAACAAAAGUCCAAGCGAUCCUUUAUUUUUGCAAGUGUAAAGUUUACAGUGUAUGUGUGCCGCCGAACAACAACAACAUCAGCGACAAAACAACAAGCAGGGCGCACAGCAAAACAAUUCACACACACACACACCCUCCCCCGCCUGCGCGCGCUUGUGUGUGUGUGAGAGAGAGGGAGUGAGUGAGAGAAAAAUCGAAGAAGUGCUGGCCAAAAGACGAGAAAAAAUUAAAUAAAUACCAAAAUCCAACGAUACUAGAAACUAACUAUUGAAAAUCGGUCCUAAGCGAGUCGAUAUAAUGUCCACCAUUGAGUUCGAGACGAUCGGCAGUCGGCUGCAAUCUUUGGAGGCGAAGCUCCAGGCGCAGAAUGAGUCCCACGACCAGAUCGUCCUUUCCGGUGCGCGCGGCCCUGGCGUUUCCGGUUCCGUUCCGUCUGCCCGCGUUCCGCCCCUGGCGACAUCCGCAGCCACAUCCGCCGCCCACGCACCGCCCCUGGGCGCAGGUUCCGUUUCCGGAUCGGGUAUCAGCAUAGCCCAGCGGCCAGCACCUCCAGUUCCUCAUGCGACGCCCUUCGGCAGCGCCAGCGCCUCGUCAUCAUCCUCAUCCGCAUCCGCAUUUGCAUCCGCAGCACCGGCGACGGGCGCGUUCGGUGGAACAUACACCCCGCCCACAACUAGAGUGUCGCGAGCCACGCCCACACUGCCCAUGCUUUCUAGUGGCCCCGGUGGCGGACUGAAUCGGACGCGGCCGGUGAUACUUCCGCUGCCCACGCCGCCACAUCCUCCGGUUUCGGAAACGGACAAGAAGCUGAAGAUCAUCAUGGAGCAGACCGGCAAGCUGAACAUCAACGGGCGGCAGUAUCCGACGGACAUCAAUGACCUCAAGCACCUGGGCGACCUGGGCAAUGGGACUAGCGGCAAUGUGGUGAAGAUGAUGCACCUGUCCAGCAACACGAUCAUCGCCGUGAAGCAGAUGCGACGCACUGGCAACGCGGAGGAGAACAAGCGCAUCCUGAUGGAUCUGGAUGUUGUGCUCAAGUCGCAUGACUGCAAGUACAUUGUCAAGUGCCUCGGCUGCUUUGUUCGCGAUCCGGAUGUGUGGAUCUGCAUGGAGCUGAUGUCCAUGUGCUUCGACAAGCUGCUCAAGCUGUCCAAGAAGCCGGUGCCGGAACAGAUCCUGGGCAAGGUCACAGUGGCGACGGUCAACGCAUUGUCCUAUCUGAAGGACAAGCACGGGGUCAUCCAUCGAGAUGUGAAGCCCUCGAACAUUCUGAUCGACGAGCGCGGGAACAUCAAGCUCUGUGAUUUCGGAAUCAGCGGUCGCCUGGUGGACUCCAAGGCCAACACUCGAUCCGCGGGCUGUGCAGCUUAUAUGGCGCCGGAGCGCAUCGACCCCAAGAAACCAAAGUACGACAUUCGCGCAGAUGUAUGGUCACUGGGCAUAACGCUGGUGGAGCUGGCCACCGCGCGAUCCCCGUACGAGGGAUGCAACACGGACUUCGAGGUGCUCACCAAGGUGCUUGACUCGGAGCCGCCGUGUUUGCCAUAUGGCGAGGGCUACAACUUUAGUCAGCAGUUCCGCGAUUUCGUCAUCAAGUGCCUCACAAAGAACCAUCAGGAUCGACCCAAGUAUCCGGAGCUUCUGGCCCAGCCCUUCAUCCGGACUUAUGAAAUAGCCAAAGUAGAUGUGCCCAAUUGGUUUCAGAGCAUCAAGGAUAACCGACUGCGCGCCAAUGGCGAUCCAACGCUCCAGAGGGCAACGGCGACUGGAAGUGCGGUCGGUUCUGGGGCCGGAUCUCUCGCAGGAUCAGGAUCCGCAGGUGGAGCUGUAAAAUAUGGUAGGGCGACGCCGUAUGCCGGGCAGAGUCCCACAAAUCCGCAGAAGACAAUAAAACCCACUCAGAUACCGAGUUACCAGCAGCAACAGUCGCAGUUUUUCAUGCAAUCAGCCACACAACUACCUCAAACAACAACCACAACACCGACGGCAACGACGAACUGUUUCGGCGGCAGCGGAAACGGAACUGGAAGAGGAAACGGCAGCGGCGGAAGCGGAAAUGGUAGCGGAAGCAGCAGCAGUGCCAGUCCUCUAUCGCCACCAAGCGCCGGAAUCGGCGAUCUUAACCGGCUUUAUCGCAAAUCGCCGUUCAUGCAGCGAAAACUGAGCAACGGAUCCCAUCAUCCGCACUACAAAUACAACGACGAGAGCCCCAAGAAGGAGUCCAUGUUCAGUAGCAUCGGUCAAUCGAUUCUACGCAAUCUGACAACAUCGCCCUUCAGCCAAAAGAAACACAAUUCAGCAGCAGCGACUGCAACAACAAUACCACUGCCGCACAACAACCAAACAUUGAUUACGGAUGCAGCAACAGCAGCAGCAGCGGCAACAGCAACAACACCGCCAAAUAUUGCAGCUACAGCGCUCACGACAACGCCAACGACCACGCCCACUUGGCGCCUGCCAGCGGACAAUUCCCAAGCCUACGACAGCUGUGAUAGUAGUAGUAAUGCGACCACGACGACCUUGAAUUUGGGCCUCUCCUCACCCUCCCCCUCGUUGCCGCGCAAGCAAUUCCCCACAGAAUCGCCGACCCUGCAACUCACGAGUCAGCAGCAGCAGCAGCAGCAGCAACAACCACAGCGAUUGCAGCCGGGCAAUCAAAGUCCCAUAGUGCUGCAGCGCUUCUACCACCAACAGAAUCAGCUGCGCGAGAAGGAGGCGGCCGAGCGGUAUCAGCAGCAGCGCCAGCAGCCGCCUGUGGGAGUGACCAGCACGAAUCCGUUUCACAGCAACUAUGUGCCGCCGCCGCCAUCAACGCACUCCACCUCUAGUCAGUCCUCCACGCAGUCGACGUGUUCACAAAUCGCCAUCAAUCCCGACAGCAUAUCUCCAUCGUCUGGUUCCGGAACGGGAAACGUGGCGGGAUUGGGAAUCGGAUCGGCUCCGUCAUCGGGAUUGGGGGCAGCUGGUCACUUUGGAGCGGGCGGCUCUGGCGAGCAGCUGCAGUAUCAGCCGCUGCCCAUCGCGGCCGAGGCAACGGGAACGAGUCCCACGCUCCAGCCCAGAUCACCGGAACAGCAGUCGGAUUAUGGAGGAAGCGGCAACAUGGUGGCCAGCAAGCUGAGCAAGCUGUACGCACGCCGACAACUUUUGGGCCAGAGCUCCAGCAGCGGAGCGAGCAAUAGCAGCCUGGAUGGUUGCAGUCGGGAGCAACACGAUGCAGGCUGGUUCAACACUCUUGCUGGUGCCAUGAAGCGACAGUUUGCCACCUAUGUUAAAACCCAAUCGAAUUCCACAGCCACGUCGCUGGUGGCGUCCAGCAUGGAUCGGGACCAGGAGCCAGUGCAUCCGCAGCCGCCGGCGUACAGGAGCGUCGUGAAUAACGGCAGCGGCGGUAAGUCCUACUACUAUCGCACCUUGUCGGCGGCCAGCAGCAGCAGUAAUACCAGCCAGAGCACCUCGCCCACGACGGAACCACUGCCCGGCGGUGGCACCAGUAGCUUCCUGCGUCGCUAUGCCAGCAGCGGACCGGGAGGUAGCAUCAGCACGCCGCCCAGUCCGCAUAUCUUGGCGGGAUUGGAUCGCAGGCAUCGAAGUCCAGAUCCUCCGCCACGCUACAAUCGCGGACAGUCGCCGCUGUUGCUGCGCAAGAAUCUGCUGGAGCUGAGUGGCCAGCAGCCCGGCUCUCCGUUGCUGCACCGCAGAUACGUUUCGGCCUCGCCGCCGCUGCCGCCACCGCGUCGAGGUUCUGAAAGCGUGCCGGGAUCACCGCAGCAUUUCCGCACUCGCAUCCACUAUACACCCGAGCCCCAGAGACGCAUCUACCGUACGAUAGAUCAAUGAGUAGCGCUGCAAAUCAUGGUCAUGUGAUGUUGGUAUGGCUUCGACGACGAUGCCGCCGACGCUGCUGUUCACGACGACAAUCAUGACGAGGAAGUGGGGCUACUGGAGCCCAUUUCCCUACCCGUCUCGUCAGCAGUCGGCGACUCGCUGUCGAUGCCGGCGUAUGCAGGUGGCCUCGGCACCAGGUUGUCCGAAACCGAUCGGCGAAUCGGCGGUCGUCGGUCGUGUUCGGCCAGCGGAUCAUAUGCCAGCUUGUAUACGGAUAGGGACAUAUGGCCAGGAGGAUCGUCCGAUAGGGCAUCGGGUACAUCGACGACCAGAGCUGGAUAUCCGUGGACAUGUGAUUGAUGACAAACGAAAGUGUUCAAAAGUCUUAUACGUUUAAGUGCUUGAGCCUCAGCGAUUCAUCUGUAUCCGCAUCCGCUAGACACUUCGUUUCGUUGCGCAGCUCCAAUUGUACAUAGACAUAUAUCUUAAGGGACCUAUAUAGACACAUCCGAUAAUAGUGCAAUAGUUGAAAGCAAUUCUGUUCGCCCAACAACCGCCCCCCCGUAACCAAGUCUAUACUAUUCUAUAUAUCUCUGUAUCUGCAUCUCCUUCAAUGGUAACUCUGUAAUCAAAAGUUUGCACUUUACACAACGUAACUUAUUUAAUCGUAGCUCCUAAAAGAAAAUGAAACAAAAUAGCUAAAUCGAAAGGGGAAAAUCCAAGAGAAAGAAUAAGAAAUUCAAACGAUUUGUAGCUUUGUAUAUAGAGAGGAGGCGAAGUGCAAAAUUUCGUUGCAUUUGCUGUUUGCAAAUUUGUUUUAGUUUAUACGUUUCAUUAAACAUCAAAUUGUAUGCUGAGUGGAAGGGAAACCGACAAACAAAAACAACCACAUUAACAAUGGAAUUAUUGUACUGAUUAUUAUAAUUGUUUAAUUUAUUAUGUAAGCGGCAACAAGCGACAAUUCAAAUUCAAAUUCAA